GGACGCGCAUCCACUUGAUAGUGAAAAGUAGGUGAACCACUGUCUCACUGCAGCUACGAUCACUGGAGCUACAACAUCGCAGCGCGUAUUCAGGAUUUUUCUCUUUUCAGAGGGAUCAAUGGGAUCAAUGUUUCACUGAAACCUGCACUUUCUAAUUGGCUUGUAAUCCGUCUGUUGUGAGCCAACGUGAGGUUUGAGUCACUAACGCGCUGCGGUCAAUUAAACUGUGCGUAAAAGUGGCGCAAGACGCAAGAAACGCUGAAUAAAAGGCGAGCUUUUUCCUCUCUCAUCCAAAUCACAAACUAAACGGUGCACUUUAUUUAUGCACACGUGUUUCCUGCUGAGGAUGACCGUCAGAUGAGCUGCUGUUCAGGUAGGGUUUAACCCUGCGCUGCUGGAUGAGAUGCAACCAUGUCCUUUACGCACAAGCUCGCUCUGCUUCUGCUCGGCUUCAUCUUAAUCCGCAAGGUUAAUGGAAAGUUUCCUCAUUGUCAGCUCUACUGGGAGAUGCAGAGAGCCAGGAGAGAGUGUCAGACACAACUGAAGCAACAGACGCCAGCUACUGCAGGAUGUAGUGGCGAGUGGGACAACGUCUCGUGUUGGCAUAGUGCGGCGGUUGGCGAGGUGGUGACCCUCCCCUGCCCCUCCUCCUUCCUGCUCUUGUUUGGCAAGAACGGUAAACUCAGCAGGAACUGUACAGAGAAUGGUUGGUCCUCCGUCUACCCUGUCAUCAGCGUCGCCUGCUGGUCAGACAACACAGACGAACCCAGCGAGCUGGUCUUCUACAGGGCUGUGCAGAUUCUGUCGACUCUGGGCCACAGUCUGUCACUCAUCACUCUGCUCACCAGCACCGUCAUCAUCUGUUUGUUCAGGAGGCUCCACUGCAUGAGGAACUACAUCCAUCUGAACUUGUUUGUGUCGUUCAUGCUGCGUGCCGUUGCCGUGCUGACCAAAGACACCCUGCUCUUCUCAGAGGAUGAGACCACAGACUGCAGCACGCAACCGUCACUGGUGGGCUGUAAGGCCAGCCUGGUGUUCUUCAACUACUUCGUCAUGGCCAACUUCUUCUGGCUGCUGGUGGAAGGUCUCUACCUGCACAUGCUGCUGAUCAUCAUCCACACCUACUCCACCCGCCUCUCCGUCUACAUGCUCAUCGGCUGGGGAAUCCCUCUUGUUUUCAUGGUGGUGUGGAUCAUAUGUCGGAUAAACAUGGAGGACACGAGGUGUUGGGAGGUGAAUGACAACCCCGUCCCUGAUAGACUGAUCAACUGGCCCAUCAUGGCGUCUAUCAUUAUCAAUUUCCUUCUGUUCAUCAGCAUCAUUCGUAUCCUGGUACAGAAACUGCGCUGCACUGACGUUGGCGGAAAUGAUCAAUCUCAAUACAGACGUCUGGCUAAGUCCACCCUCCUGCUGAUCCCUUUGUUUGGGGUGAACUACGUUCUGUUUUUUUACCUUUUGGAGCCAGACAAUCCAAAAUUGAAGAAAAUCAAGAUCAUCUUUGACCUCGGCCUCGGAUCCUUCCAGGGUCUGAUCGUUGCCGUGCUCUACUGUUUCCUCAACAGCGAGGUUCAGAGCGAGCUGAGGAGGACGUGGAGGAGUAUAUCUCUGAAGCGCUACGUCAGACGGGACUACCGGCUUCACGCCAUGUCAAUGAGCCGAAACGGCACCGAAAACUCAGCUCCGGUUCCAAGGAACUCCCGAGCCCAGUCCAUCCUGCAGACUGAAACCACCAUGCUCUGACCAGGAACAGAAAGUGGUCUGUUUUAAUGAAGACUUUGAGAACUGACGUGUUCAGAAUGAGUCAGACUGCAGGAAUUCAAGGACAAUUUUAUAGACAUAUCAUUCGCUGCUGCGAGGCCUGCAGAUCUUUCUUUGGUGAAAGACUUCUUGUGUGCCUCCUGGAGUUUUUAUUUUUAUCUUUUUCUGUUGCGUCUGUCAUAUUGAUGCUCAGCAUUUUUAAGCUCAUAAGCUCAUACACACACGUGAAAUUCUGAUGUGCCUGAUGAAAUCUUUGUGGAAGAGAAACCUGCAUCAACAACCAAAUUCUUACUCUCAGUGUCAGUUUCGUGUGAUUAAACAGGCUGCAAAUUCAAUCUUUCCUUUAAAAAUACAAAAUCUACUCUCACUUGCCAAAACAUUGGGUAUACCAGUAAAAACAAAUGAAUUCUAAUGUAACGGUCCUGCACUAAAUCUUUGCUUCGUGGCUGCUGCAACGUUUAGUUGAUGUUGACUGGAGCUGGUGUUAAACUGGACUGGAGUGAACACGAAAGUGUUUCUGUUGUUUAGCCUAGCCCACUGACUGAAGUGACAAAAUAUUAGGAAAGUGUGUCACUUCAAUAGUACAACAAUCCAUAGCCCCCACAAUGAAAACACAGUUGAAUCAAGAGUUCUCUCAGUUAAAAAAAAACAUAAACCUUCAUGGAAAGAAAAUUGAAUGCAGGACUGUUAUAUUAGCCCUAAUAAAUCGUCAAGUGAGUGUAUGUCAGAGAACAAAAUCUUCUCUACUUCGUAACUGAAUGUAGACGUCUGUUGUGCAGCUGUUUUCAGCGUGUUAAACAUUUUCUACUCGCUUGGAUAGCCUUCAACACAAAGAUUUUAUUUUUUAUUUUUUACCAAAGAGCAAUAUGAAAUUUGUUAAUUAUAGAAAUGUGAAAAAUCUGCGUUCUUGUUAGACUUAGUUUGCAGUCCCAAGAUCUGAACUGAAUGUUUCCGGAUUACACCAGAAACAUACAGAUUAUUGCGGCUCAUUUAAGUCUUUCCUUUUUAAUGUGUGCUUUAUGUAUGUUUUUAUUGAUAACAAAUUCUGGAGUGAACAAAAAAUGAUCUCUGAAGGGCAUAUUAUCUGGAAAACUGCAUUUAGACCUUAAUGGAGUACUAAUGUUAUUUUUUUAGAAAUUCAUUUAAAUGAGUUUUGCCACAUUUACUCGACUAUAGCAGAAUUUAAACAAAGUAAACCACUUAGGAAAAUUACAUUUAACCAAAACAGAUGCCUUUCCUCAAACAUUAUCCAAAGUUACUCCGUAAAAAUCUUCUUUUACGAUGGAGCAACACAAAACAAUCUCGCCUUGUACAGACUCGCAGUUGUGUAUUUUAUGUCACUUAUUUUUCACACAUAACUAGUAUUCAUGGUUGUGUAUAAAAUGCAGAGGUGGAGUGAGCACAGAUAUUGAUUUAUAAGCUCUCGAAGGCAACUAUAAACCUAUGACUCCGUACGUUUAAUGCGUAAAAUAACAAUAAAAAUAUAAUAAUGAUAAGAAAAUGUUUCUUUAUUUACCUAUGUGAAAAUCUGUCUUCUGCAUUGACUGAGAGACAGUGGAGAUAAGACUGUUCCCUGACUGGGAGAUCAAGUUUCUCUUUACUGCAUUCUUGUUACUCUGUACCUGUUCAUGUGUAAUGACAAUAAAGUUUAAUCUA